AUGUUUUCCACUUACACCGGUUUAGCUGCCAUGCUGCUGGCCUGCAUGUACUAUGGUUGUCCUGCGAAACAAUCCCGCGAUCCCAACAUGGCGGGGUCGCGAGUGUUGACGGUGUACUUGGGCCUCGUUAUCGGGCUCUUGUAUUUUUCCACGGACCAGUACCUUCCCAGCUUGCCGGAGAUGGAAGUCGAGUUGGGUGGAUCCGAGAUGUUGCUCUCUGGCUCCGUGCAACUGAACUUGUUUUUGAAGUGCUUAGCUGGCCUCAUUGUGGCGCCCUUGUCGGAUCAAGUGGGUCGCCAGCCCAUUUUUGCGACCUGUGCAACCUUGUUGAUCUUGGGUUCACUGGGAUGUGCGCUCGCGCCAGAUGUGAAUUGGUUCCUAGCAGCCAGGGUCAUACAGUCCCUGGGCGAAUCGCUUGAACCCUUGAUCUUUGCAAUUAUCAGGGAUUGCUAUCAAGAUGAACAAGAGAGGCUUGUGGCCGUGUCCUUGGUCGGAUCCUUGAUGAUGAUGGGCAUCGCACUGGGCCCAGUGGUCGGAGGUCUCGUCGCUUCACUUUGCCAUUGGCGAGUCCCCUUUUUGGCCUUGUCGCUGGCCUGGGCUCUCAUGGCACUCUUCGCUGUCCUGUGGCUUCAUGAAACUGCGGCAGGCUCGAAAGGUGGAAACUAUUGGCAAAACGUGAAGCGUGUGUUUUGUGAUCGACAUUUAGUGACCAUACUUCUUACUGAGAUUUUGGUGUUGAGCACCUAUUACUCCUUCAAUGCCAACGUGAGCUAUCUCACGGAAGGUGUGUAUGGCAUGAGUACCGUCUCCACCUCUUGGAUGAUGGGUGCCUUUUCCCUGAUCUCUGCCAUCGGCAUGAUCAUCGUCACCAACUCCAAAAGUCCGGUCUUAUCAACAGCCGCCAGGCUUUGGAUGACACUUUUCAGCCUCGGAGCUGGUGGAUCCUUUGUGGUGGCAGCUCUCUUCUACCAGGACGAUUUGUGGUCCUACAUGGGCAGCUCCUUCUUGAUGGGCUUCUUCUUGGCUUGCUAUAUGCCCCUGAGUGUCCUGUACCUGGAAAGGGUGGAGGAUAUCGCCGGCACAGCUGCCUCCUUCGAAGUCUUUGCACAAGCAGGACCUCCGGCGAUCUAUUCAGCCGUUGCAACACAAGGGAUCAUUCAUGGAGGUCAGCGUGGCCUGACCGCGUUUCAAGCUGGAAGUACGUUGCUGGCGGGAAUCGUGUUUUGGAUCGGCUACUCCAACGAAGCAGCCGAAGAAGCGGACGAAGGGUGA